GAGAGUGCCUCAGCCGGCUCAGUGGAGCAUGUUUUUAAUCUGGAAGAUAUAAUGGCGGCCGAAAUUGCGAGUCAAAAUGAGGCAAAGCGAUUGACCGAUUCAAAUCUGAUCGAUAUCGAUUUGUGUGUUUCAUGUUGA